CAACAUUAGUUUCAAGUAGUUUGAAUAAUAUUUGCAAGCGUCUAGAAUCAACAGAAGAAGAACAUUGCAAACCAAUGAGAGAUUCUCUACAAGGUUGAGGGAAAUCCUUCGUCGUCAAUAGGGCGAUUGUCAUUUGUGCAAUGCUUGGUAUGGCCUGGACACGAUAUAUUCGAAAGUCACCGUUCCAAUAUUUAUGCAGGAGGUUACUUUCUUAUAGUCAAAGUGAAAAUAGCUGGCAUGGCACAACGAUACUUUCUGUUCGCAAGGAUGAUCAGGUUGCCGUUAUUGGCGAUGGUCAGGUGACUAUGGGCUCUGUGGUGGUAAAACCAAAUGCAAGGAAGGUGAGAAGAAUUGGGGACGAUGUAGUGGCGGGUUUUUCAGGAACAACAGCCGAUGCGUUAACUUUAUUUGAGAGACUUGAAACCAAGAUGGAGGAACAUCCUGGUCAAUUAUUGAGAGCUUGUGUGAGUUUGGCAAAGGAUUGGAGAACAGAUAGAUACUUGAGACGACUGGACGCGUUACUUUUGGUAUCUGACGCGAGCAUAUCUUUGACCUUAACAGGUAAUGGUGAUGUUCUGGAACCUGAAGGCGGCGUCGUUGGUAUAGGUUCAGGAGGUCCGUUUGCGGUCGCAGCUGCACGUUCUCUCCUUCAACACAGUACGCUUAGUGCAGAAGAAAUCGCUAAGAAUUCCAUGAAAAUUGCAGCGGACAUGUGCAUUUACACAAAUGCUGAAUUUAUCGUCGAAAUUAUCGACACUAGAAAAGGCAGAAUCCAGUCUACUGAUUCUCGUCCAAAACCCUCAGUUUAGAGAAUACCUAUGAGAUGGAGACAACUGAAAGGUGCUUUUACCACAUCCAAUAUAUAUAUAUGUUCUUUUAUAAAAGUGAGCAAAAUUUGAAUAGUCUUUUGUGAAUGAAUUGUGAUAUUCAACAUGAAACAGCUUUGCCAUACGAAAUGAAACGGGUCCAGUAGUUGAGCAGUAAAAAGGUGAAAAUGAUAUCCAAUCAUUCAUAACUUCUUAGUUGAGAUCUGAAUUGGUUGUCU